AUGUUAAGAGCUUGUGUGAUAGACUUCGGUAAAGCAUGGGAUACCCAUCUACCGCUUAUCGAAUUCUCCUACAAUAACAGCUAUCAUACUAGCAUCAAAGUCGCUCCAUUCGAAGCUCUUUACGGUCGCAAAUGCAGAUCACCCCUGUGUUGGGCUGAGGUGGGGGAUACACAGCUAGCUAGAGGGCAAGUCUCUAAUAGCACCCUCACUGGCCCUGAAAUCAUAAGGGAAACCACAGAAAAGAUCGUUCAAAUUCGAGAAAGACUGAAAGCGUCUCGCGAUCGGCAAAAGAGUUACGCAGACAAACGACGCAAACCCUUGGAAUUCCAGGAACUCGACAAAGUACAUCCCACAUUUCACGUGUCGAACCUAAAGAAGUGUUUGUCUGAUGAGACACUCGUAAUACCACUCGACGAAAUCGUUAACGAAAAUCUCCACUUCGUGGAGGAACCAGUCGAAAUCAUGGAUCGGGAAUCAAACGAACGAAACAAAAGUCGUAUUCCCAUCGUGAAGGUCCGUUGGAACGCUAAACGAGGACUCGAAUUCACCUGGGAACGCCAGGAUCAGAUGAAUCAAAAGUAUCCACAUCUCUUCCCAAACUCUUGA